AUGGCUCACGAUUAUUUUCCUAUCGUCACCGAAAGCGGGAUCUGUCAGGUCGCAAAGCGUCUUGAGAAACUCUACCUUAACCAACCAUGGGUGUCAUACCUGAAGCACUUGAAAGAAGAUCCUAGCGAUUCGAACGACACCCACAAAAUAUCCGGCAUGAAGGACAUGGACAAAGUAAGCGGCAUUAGCGUUAGAGGCUGGAUUUGUGACUGGGAGGGGGAAAAGGUAAAGGUCCUCCUCGGACAACGGGCGCGAACGGACUCAUCGCCAGGUCUUCACGAGGCAUUUGGAGGGAAAUGUGAUCCCGGAGAAAGCAUCCCAGGAGCUUUAGUUCGUGAAUUUCGCGAGGAAACCGGCCAGGACAUAUUAUGCAUAGAAGCCUUCCUAGGGGGUGAGAUCUUUCUUACUCCGACUUCUAAACGAUGGAUUGUUCAGCUUCAUUUCCUCGUCCAAGUUCAACGGUCUGGGGACUCUCCAGCUUUUGAUAUCCAGUUGAGACCAGAAGAGCAUCAGGCUUAUCUUUGGGCUUCUGAGAAUCUCGAUGCUUUGAAUAGCAUCCAGCUCACGAAUGCUACCAAACGCCAUUUCGAGUCUGCUGUUACAGCUUUCCGAGGGAGACCCAAGGUGAUCGUGAAAACAUGA